AUGUCCUCGACCUCAGGCAGAGAAGAAGUUGUUCAACUCGGGCCGACGGGCCCGGCUGAUGUCGAGGAUCUGCUUGACCUCAGUGGCGCGCUUCUCAGCUUCUUGCCACAUGGUGAAGGUCUCGAGCUUGAUCUUGCGGUAUACGCAGGAGGGGAUGCCGCUCAGCUUAGUGAGCUCCACUUGUGCAGUGGUGGCAUCGUCGAGAUUGCCAAAGCGAGCCUUAAACGCUGUAAGGAAGGCUGCUUCGUUGGCGAAGGGGGUGGUGACCCCUUGUCAAGCGACUGGAGAAAACCUAAGGGCUGGGGGCGUCCGACUAAGUCUUACCGAAGCGAUGGCGAGCUAUGCUCAAACCUAAGGCUAGGGACAAGUGAAUAUAUUAGUAAGGGGAGGCUGUGCGCGCUGGUCCGUGCGCAGCUGGUCCGUGCGCAGCAUGCUGACGCGGCCCCGGGGGCCGUAGAUAACGACGUGUCCAUAUCAGGCAGGUAG